UCAGUCAGGGCUACAUGGAGUCGUCCUCAGCCUUAGCCUGCUUGUGAGGUUUGAAUAAAUUGUCAGGUGGAAUGUGCUUUUAUGCAAAUGGGUAAAUUAAGUUUUAUGAUUUCUUUACUUAGAUGCUUUUGUUGGGGGAGGGGUGUGUUUAAGAGGGUUUCAUGUACCCUAGGCUAGCCUCGAACUCCCUGUAUAAUUGAAAGAUGGCCUUGAACUGCUAAUCCUCCAAGUGCUGGGAUCUCAGGCCUGCGCCGCCACACCAGGCUCAUGAUAAUCCUUGGGUCUUCCACACAGCCUCCAGAAGGAGCUCGAGCUACCAUCUCUGGUCCUGGGAGCUCCUUUCCUUGGCUCUGAAAUGAGAGAGGGUUGGCUAAUCUGUGGAGCCCGGUAUCGGGCAGCGACGGCAGCUUCUUGACGUCAUCAUUGCGCGCGAGUGGCGGCCCGCAGCUGGUUCCGGAGAAGGAGGCAGGCUGGGACGCGUCGCGGAGGGCCAGCAUGGGGGAGGCGGCUGUGGCCGCGGGUCCCUGCCCGCUGCGGGAGGACAGCUUCACACGCUUCUCGUCGCAGAGCAACGUGUACGGGCUUGCGGGAGGCGCCGAUGGGCGCGGGGAGCUGCUGGCCGCCACUCUUAAAGGCAAGGUACUUGGCUUCCGCUACCAAGACCUCCGACAGAAAAUCCGGCCGGUGGCCAAAGAGCUGCAGUUCAACUACAUCCCCGUGGAUGCUGAGAUUGUGUCCAUCGACACCUUCAACAAGUCACCUCCAAAGCGGGGCCUGGUUGUGGGCAUCACAUUUAUCAAGGACUCAGGGGACAAGGGAAGCCCUUUCCUUAACAUUUACUGUGACUACGAGCCUGGCUCAGAGUACAAUCUAGACUCCAUUGCUGAGAGCUGCCUGAACUUAGAGCUCCAGUUCACACCUUUCCAGCUGUGCCACGCAGAAGUCCAGGUUGGGGACCAGCUAGAGACCGUCUUUCUCCUGAGUGGGAACGAUCCUGCCAUUCAUCUCUACAAAGAGAACGAGGGGCUGCACCAGUUUGAAGAGCAACCCGUGGAAAACCUCUUCCCAGAGCUCACAGACCUGACCAGUAGUGUCCUCUGGCUUGAUGUGCGCAACCUCCCGGGCACAUCCCGGCGCCUCUCGGCUCUUGGCUGCCAGAAUGGUUAUGUACGUGUGGCUCACGUGGACCAGCAGAGUCAAGAGGUAUUGCAGACUUGGACAGUCCUGCAGGACGGACCCAUCUCCCGGGUGAUUGUGUUCAGCCUGUCUGAUGCAGUGGACCCUCCAACUCAUGUCUCUUCUAUAGCGACCAAGGACAGUCCCCAGCAGGAAGAGUACAACCUGCUCGUUGCCAGCAUGUUGGAGCCGGCCGUUGUGUACCGGGACCUUCUGAACCAGGGCCUGGAAGACCAGCUUCUCCUGCCUGGCAGUGACCAAUUUGACAGUGUCCUCUGUGGCCUGGUCACUGAUGUGGACCUAGAUGGACAACCAGAAGUCCUGGUGGCCACCUAUGGACAGGAACUGCUCUGCUAUAAGUACCGCAGGCUUCCUGAGGCUGGCCCAGGCUUUCACCUGCUGUGGCAGCGGACCUUCUCCAGCCCCCUGCUGGCCAUGGCCCAUGUAGACCUGACUGGUGAUGGGCUGCAGGAGCUGGCCGUGGUGUCUCUAAAGGGGGUACACAUCCUCCAGCACAGCCUGAUCCAGGCCUCUGAGUUGGUCCUGACUCGGCUUCGUCGUCAAGUUGAGCAGAGGAAGCAGCAGCCACAGGAUCUUGGGGACAGGGUGGGUCCCAGGCCUGGGGAGUCCCCAGCCUCCUGAGCACCCCCUCUUCCCAGGCCCAGGAAACUCAUGGCAUUUCCCAUCACUGAUGAAAGAAGUGUGUCACAGGAGGGGUGCUCCCCUUGGGCUCCUCCAGAGGGUAACACUCAGUGUCCCUGCCCUGCCCUGAUGAUGUCACCCUUGCUGACCACUCCUGGCAGCUUUGGUGUCCCUGUUUGAAGAGGAGUGACGUCACCAAGCCCAUAUGUUCCCAUCGAAUGUUGGUCCCCUGAUGACUACUUAUACAUACAGAGCAACAGAGCUGCCCCAGCCAUCUUCAUU